AUGAAUGGAGCAGUGGCUCUUGUGGGCUUUUGCGAGAUAGACGGUGCUAGUAUAAAUUUCUGCACACAGGCUCUCCACGCGAACUCAACCGAAGAUAUGACCGACUCCUUUUCCGUCAGCAGUGGGGCGACUUCCCCAGGAUCCUACCCUAAUAAUUCUGAUUACAGCACAGAUACCAGCACCUUCAAUAGGAGAAGCUCCUUCUCUACCAUAGGAAGCGUGUCCUCAUCCGUAUCCACCUGUCCCUCCUGUACGCUUGUUCUGACUCCUUCUGAUACUGACAGAAGUCCUGGACAGGCAGACAUUAAAGGAUUCAAGACCAUAGAUGAUGAGAAUCCACUUGUAAGCUAUAUCGGCUCUCGAUAUCCGCAAAAUCAGCGACUAUAUGAAGUGAUAAAACAGGCGUGUGUUCGCAGUAUAAGCUGUGAACUCUGUCAUGGCAAUGAGGGCCCUGCCUUGUUUGGAGACGAAAAGGAUGGCUAUGUGCUGAGCUACAUGUUCAAAAUAGACGAUAGUCAAGCAAGAGGAUCACAGCGAUCUUAUAGCUUUAUCUUCCUGAUGACAGAUCGGGUAUAUCUGGUUUCAUCAUGGGCCUUCCUCGUAAGGAGGUUCCGUGUUUUAGCAGCAGGAAUUCAAGCCAAGGCGAGUCAAGUGUUCGAGAGGGAGAAGGCAGCUAUUGAUUUAACCAUAUUCAGAACUGAUCAUAAAAGGAGCCUAAGACCAUUAGCAGAAUUGUUAGAAUCGAAGGACUUGUUUGUUCAACUGCAUGCCAAUUUCAGCUGGAUCUUGAAGGCUUGCGGGAACCGAUUACAAGAACGGCAAACCUAUGGCAAGACACUGUUACCACCCCCCAAAUCCAUGGUAUUGGAUUCGGCACAAAUAAUUUCCGAUAAGACACCGGAUACAGACUAUCCAUCAGAUGUAUCGAAUGCUGAAACUGAUUUUAAAUUAGACGGUUUGGCAUCUAUACGACAUAUGUUGGGGGCGGCAGAUUUUAGACGAAUGAUGUAUAACGUUGUCAUCGGCAAUCAACUCGUUAUACGAUGUCAUGAUAAGAACAUAAUACAAAAGCUUAUAAAUACUGUCAAGGAUUUAAUGCCUCCAGAGUGUUGCCAGGAGCAAAUGGACACGGAUGAAACAUUGAAAAUGCAGUUGUUACAUGGGAAACAUGAGCCAAAGGCGGACGAGUCGGGGUCUUCGAAUGCAAAAGACAAUGCGCUGGCAUCUACUCCAUCAAAGCUUUUUAUGGACCAGUUGGCGGGAAUAUUUGAAUUAGACCCAAGGCCAGAAUCUGUGGAAAUGCGAUUGAUGGUGUUCAAAGAGGAAUGGUCAAGGUUUGUCUGUCCAUUUGUAUUUAUUCUGUGGCAAUAA